AUGGUCCAGGAUGUCUUCUCACUGCACAACAUCGUCGGCAGCGACGAGGUGGCAUUUCCAUUUUCCCUCAAAGAAUACCAACGCUACUUAUUUGGCGACGACCGACUAGCGCAUCGCUUGGGCACGGACCUAGCUCGAGCCUUCAUUCCCACCAUUUCCAACCCUACAGACGACUUCGCAGUUGCCGUCUUAUCCGAAAAGGUCCCCACGGCCACCCAUAGGCUGCGGAAUCACUUCGUCGCUUACCUCAAUCGGCAUCUGAUCGCGAAUAAUGCGACUCCGGUACUCAAAAUCGACUUCCAUGUGGCGGGGAUGAAUGCAAAGACACGGGACGGUCCGCAGUGCAACAAGAAAAGCGCAUAUCACAUCGAUGCUGAACGCCUGGGGAACAGGACUCUCAUUGUACUGGCCGAAAUCCGAACCAGUCAAGACCGCGAAGACCGGAUACGAUCAUCGUUCGGGGAGCGUGGCAUAACCACAGUUUUUGUCUACCUAGCAUCCCUGGAUGGCUCCGCGAUGGCUGCAGCAAUUUCGUCGUUCUUAUCUUCUGUCGUCAACCCAUCUAUGAAAGACAUUGAGAACAUUGCGCAGGCCACUCAUUUCGUCAUGAACGAAUGCUUUAUCCAGUUUGCACUGGGAAGAGAGUACGAGGAGUUCUGUAAAUUCAUAAGACGACAAGACGAUCAUUUCGUGAGGGAGUUGUUGGAUCAUGCUAUUAGUGGUCACUACUAUAACGACGAGGAUCACGAACAUAAUGUACAGUUUCUGAUUUGGGAGACUAAGGCGCGGGAAAGCGUUUAA